AUGAGUGCCAAUAGCCCGACAGGAAACGACCCUCAUGUAUUCGGUAUUCCUGUAAAUGCAACUCCAUCCAGUAUGGGUUCACCCGGUAGCCCGGUUAAUGUACCACCUCCUAUGAAUGCCGCUGCCGCAGCAACUGUAAACCAUUCCGUUAUGAGAGCUAAUGGUAACAAUAACGUCGGUGAAGGGACAAGAACUUUAACCAGGGAACAAAUACAGCAAUUGCAACAAAGACAAAGACUAUUACUACAACAAAGGCUACUCGAACAACAGAGAAAACAGCAAGCAUUACAAAACUAUGAGGCUCAGUUCUACCAAAUGCUCAUGACUUUGAACAAAAGGCCGAAAAGGCUCUAUAAUUUUGUGGAAGAUGCAGAUUCAAUCCUGAAAAAAUAUGAACAAUAUCUACACAGUUUCGAAUUUCACAUUUAUGAAAAUAACUAUAAAAUUUGUGCUCCUGCAAAUAGCAGGUUACAACAGCAGCAAAAACAACCCGAAUUGACGAGUGAUGGUCUAAUUUUAACCAAGAAUAAUGAAACUUUGAAAGAAUUUCUAGAGUACGUCGCCAGAGGUAGAAUCCCUGAUGCUAUUAUGGAAGUUUUGAGGGAUUGUAAUAUUCAAUUCUAUGAGGGAAAUCUUAUUUUGCAAGUUUACGACCAUACGAAUACAGUGGAUGUCACCCCUAAGGAAAACAAGCCCAAUACUAAUACAUCUACCUCCUCACCUUCCAAUAACAGUAACGCACAGGAUAACUCCAAGAUUCAACAACCUUCUGAACCUAAUAGUGGUGUAACAAAUACAACCGCCAAUAUGAUUAACAAGAAAACCUCUUUCAAACGACCUAGGGUAUACCGGACAUUAUUGAAACCUAAUGAUUUAACUACCUAUUAUGACAUGAUGUCCUAUGCAGAUAAUGCCCGGUUUUCCGAUAGUAUUUAUCAACAGUUUGAAUCUGAAAUAUUGACGCUAACCAAGAGAAAUUUAUCACUAAGUGUGCCGCUAAAUCCGUAUGAGCACCGAGAUAUGUUGGAAGAAAGGGCCUUCAUUGAGCCUCAUUUAGACGAGGGAAAAAAGUGUUUUGUUCACAAACACCGUGUUGAGUCCACGAGAGAAGGUACAAAGGGUGUUGUGGGGCACAUUGAUGAACAUGAAGAAUUUCCACAACAUAGCUCGAAUUACGAGCAAUUAAUGCUGAUCAUGAACGAACGUACAACGACAAUAACAAACUCCACGUUUGCCGUGUCAUUGACCAAAAAUGCAAUGGAGAUUGCAACCUCUAAUUCUAAUGGAGUACGUGGCAUUUCGUCCUCAACUUCCAAUUCUGCUUCGAAUACAAGGAAUAACAGUCUGGCUAACGGUAAUCAAGUGGCACUGGCGGCGGCAGCUGCUGCUGCUGCAGUGGGGUCCUCUAUGGGCAAUGACAAUAAUCAAUUUAGCAGACUGAAAUUUAUUGAACAAUGGAGAAUAAAUAAAGAGAAAAGAAAGCAGCAAGCAUUAAGCGCGAACAUCAAUCCAACACCUUUCAAUGCCAGAAUAUCAAUGACGGCACCAUUGACUCCCCAACAGCAGCUAUUACAAAGACAACAACAAGCGUUGGAACAGCAGCAAAAUGGUGGAGCCAAUAAAAGAAGUAACAACAAUGUUACCGGCAGUAAUAGUAAUACUAAUAAUAAUAAUAAUGGUAAUAAUUCAGAUAAACCGAAGGCCAAACGACCCAGGAAAAAUGCAAAGAAGAGUGAGAGCGGUACACCAGCGCCUAAAAAGAAAAGGGUGACCAAAAAGAAACAAAGCGCAACUGGCACGCCCUCCUCCACCACAAUUUCAUAA